AAGCAAUGUUAGUCACUGGAGUUUAUAGACGCGUUUGUUUACUUGGAUUAUAAUGAAGUCACAGUGGCGGCAGUCGCUUGCCUCAUAUGUAGGCUAGGCUAAAUUUUCAAGCUAACACUGGCAAGACUAAGUACUUGUGUUGUUUACAAUAUUUUCCAAGAUGUAUACUUUAUUAUCUGGAUUGUAUAAGUACAUGUUUCAAAAGGACGAAUACUGCGUUUUGAUCCUGGGACUGGACAACGCUGGGAAAACGACCUUUCUGGAACAAACAAAAACAAAGUUCAGUAAGAACUACAAGGGUAUGAAUUUAUCAAAGAUCACAACUACAGUCGGCCUGAACAUUGGAACAAUCGAUGUGGGCAAGGCUCGUCUGAUGUUCUGGGAUCUGGGAGGUCAGGAGGAGCUCCAAUCUCUGUGGGACAAAUACUAUGCUGAGUCCCAUGGAGUCAUCUAUGUGAUAGAUUCAACUGAUGAAGACCGUCUGUCAGAAUCAAAGGAGGCGUUCGAGAAAAUGAUCAGCAGUGAGGUAUUAGAAGGUGUUCCACUCCUCGUGCUGGCCAACAAGCAGGAUGUUCCGGACUGCUUGUCAGUGGCAGACAUUAAAACAGCGUUCAGUGACUGUGCCCCGAAGAUCGGCAAGAGAGACUGUUUAGUCCAGCCUUGUACUGCCCUCACAGGGGACGGAGUGAAUGAAGGUAUUGAGUGGAUGGUGAAAUGUGUGGUCAGGAACAUUCACAGGCCUCCCAGACAGAAGGACAUCACAUAAGAAGUCAUCAGUCACUCUUUACUCUCAUUGUGGACUGAGAGUUUCUCCUCGAGGACAUUCCAUGUAAACCCUGGAGCUGAUUAACUCUCUUCUCUCCUUGUGUUUGCUGUGACUUUGAACAGUUUGGAUUUCUGCUAUUAAGAGUUCAUUACAGACAGAGUGUGGCAGUAUUUUUAUCACCAAGCAUAAUUUCAGAUGGGCUCUGAACAGAAGUCUGUCUGUUCCACUUGUUCCACUUUUUGAAGUGGUGUUGUGAUUUCUUCUGCUUCGCGUGUGAGCAGAAGCCCCAGUCUCUGGUGAUGGCUGCGACUGUGUCUGCAUGGAGCUUCACUUACUGGCACCCUGCACUGUGAUCACAACAGCACAGAAACGUCAGUUUGACUCAUCAGUUCUCAUGUAAAAUAUACAAAACUUUAAUAGGGUGGUUCUCUGUUCUCACAGUAUCAAAUUAACUUUAGCCCACAUUUGUAAAAUCAAACUGAAAUUUGAAUUUUCAUCACUUUUUGUGUAAGGAAAUAUCAACUUAUUAUAAUACUGCAGCUCGUGCAUAGAACCUUUUUGAACAUAUUUAUGGAAACUUUACGCUUCAGGCCUCUAGUUGGGCAGUUUCCUUGGCAGCGGUUGAGUGACAGCAUUGCUAGGACAUGCACUGUCAACUUCCACGGUGCUCUACUGAAUGCAGAACGUCAUAGUGCCUAUAUAUAUAUAUAUAUAUAUAUGUGUAUGUGUAUAUGUUUGUGUGUGUGUGUGUGUUCAGAGAGACAGAGACAGAAAUAUAUAUGUAUCUCUUAGAGGAAAGGGACAGUGACUACCCUGUUAACAGUUUGGCAUAUUUUUGGGAAUUUUUUUGAUUUGUCUUUUUUUUUCAUCAUUUUGCUCAUUGCGUAGAGACUCUGGUGUAACCACCCAAACAGCAAAGCAACAGAGUCUUUUAAACUUGUGCGAGAGGUCCCCCUGUAUCCUUUGAUCUCUGAAGAACAUUUCAUAGUUUGAUCACCCAUUGAUCUGCAUUGAGAUUUUUUAAUUGACUUUGGAAAUGUUAAUAUGUUAAUUUGCAGAAACACUAUCGAUGAUUUGGUAACUGGACAUGAUAAAUGUAACAACUAAAUGCACAAAGUGGGCUAAACACACAAAAACCUUGGUGACCUCUGCUGAAUUACUGUCUACCAGCAGUUUAACCUGAGAUUUAUAAAGUGGUUAAAAAAACUGAAGGUGACAUCCUCUGUCAGUCACACAUAUGGUGGAUGUUUAUAAUAAAUUAAUGAUUUCAAAGAAACAAAAUAUGUCAUGUUUGACACUGAA